AUGGGGAGAAUAGUGAAUCCAAAGUAUUGCCUCGGAGCCACAGGUGACAUCCUGCCAGACUCCCUACCGUCAGUCCCAGGUACCCUGCCUCACUUCAUGAAGGAGCCAGAAGAUGCCUACAUCAUCAAGAGCAACCCAAUCAAGCUGCUCUGUCGGGCUGUGCCCGCACUGCAGAUCUUCUUCAAGUGUAAUGGAGAAUGGGUGCACCAGAAUGAACAUGUGUCCCGGGAGUACAUGGAUCAGAACACUGGGCUGAAGGUGCGUGAGGUGUUGAUCAACGUGUCCCGUCAACAGGUGGAGGACUUCCACGGCCCAGAGGACUACUGGUGUCUAUGUGUGGCCUGGAGCCACCUAGGCACCUCCAAGAGCCGCAAGGCCACGGUCCACAUCGCAUACCUGAGGAAGAACUUUGAGCAGGACCCCCAGGGGAAGGAAGUUCCAAUCAAAGGGAUGAUCGUGCUGCACUGCCGCCCCCCAGAGGGAGUGCCAGCAGCAGAGGUGGAGUGGCUGAAGAACGAGGAGCUGGUGAGCUCCCUGACGGAUGACAACAUUGACACCCGAGCUGACCACAAUCUCAUCAUCAACGAGGCACGACUGUCCGACUCAGGAAACUACACGUGCCUGGCCAGCAACAUCGUGGCCAAAAGACGCAGUUCCACAGCCACUGUGGUUGUUUUCGUGAAUGGUGGAUGGUCGCUGUGGACAGAGUGGUCUCCCUGUAACAUUCCCUGUGGUCGGGGUGUCCAGAAACGCUCCCGUACCUGUACCAACCCUGCCCCGCUUAAUGGAGGGGCUUUCUGCCAGGGCAUGUCUGUGCAGAAGAUCACCUGUAAUGCCCUCUGUCCAAUUGAUGGUGGCUGGGAGGAGUGGAGCGCGUGGACGCUGUGCAGUGUGCAGUGUGAGCGACAGCGUAGGAGGGAGUGCAAUGAUCCACCACCCAGACACAGGGGCAAGAUGUGUGAUGGGCCCAGCGACACCACAGAGAACUGCACUGGAGGAAUGUGUUCCCAGAAUGGAAAGCUGCUGCAUGAUGUUAAACCUCAAAGUAUGGAUGGCUCCAACGACGUGGCUCUUUACUCUGGGCUGGGGGCGGGGAUCAUAGCUGUGACUGUCCUUGUGGUGGCUGUCAUGCUGUACCGGAAAAACCAGAGCGACUACGGCGUUGAUGUCAUCGAUUCGUCCGCGCUUACCGGGGGCUUCCAGUCUUUCAACUUCAAAACCACCAGACAAGGGAACCCACUGCUUCUCAACUCCUCUCUGCAGCCAGACCUGACAGUGGGUGGGACCUAUAGCAGCCCCAUCUGCUUCCAGGACUCCAUAGACAACAAAGAGCUCUUUGACCCCCUGCCAGACAUCAAGGUCAAAGUUCAGAGCUCCUUUAUGGUUUCACUAGGUGUGGCCGACCGCGCUGAGUACCAUGCUGCCAAAGGCCAUCCGCCUGAGACCUUCCCCAGGGGGCUGAACCGAGACUACAGCAACAGCACUAUGGAGAGACGGAGCACCAAGAAGGGCCUGCUCACCCCCAACAGCCCCCACCUCAACCCCACCAAAGAUCAGCUGGGAACCGCGGGCGUGUUUGGGCAUCUGGGCGGCCGGUUGGUGGUGCCAAAUACUGGAGUCAGCCUGCUGGUACCCCAUGGGGCGAUCGCUGAGGACCCAACCUCUGAGAUGUUCAUGGUCAUAAAUCAGGGAGAGUCCAGUGUCCAGACAGAGGAAGGCUUUGAGAUCCUGUUAGGACCAGAGGUCACCUAUGGCCCUCCAGGCAUAGAUCUCUCCAGGCCUGUUGCUAUGACGAUAGCUCACUGUGCUGAGGUGGAUGCUGACAACUGGAACGUCCAACUGAAGAGGAAAACACAGGACAACAAAUGGGAGGAAGUGAUGUCAGUGGAGGAUGAGUCAACAUCUUGUUACUGCCUGAUGGACUCCAGUAGCUGCCACCUGCUGCUGGACCAGCCGGGCUCCUAUGCCCUUGUUGGUGAACCGCUCACCCAGGCAGCUGUGAAGAGGCUGAAGCUAGCAGUGUUUGGCAGCAUGGGGCCCAACCCCAUGGACUACAGCCUCCGAGUCUACUGUGUGGACGACACGCCACACGCCUUUCAGGGAGUGGUGGCCACAGAGACCUGUAGAGGAGGACAGCUCCUGGAGGAACCCAAGAUUCUGCCUUUCAGAGGGAACACCUUCAGCCUCCAGGUCUCCAUCCAGGAUGUCCCACAGUUUCUAUGGAACAUUAAACCCUUUACCACGUGUCAGGAAUUUUCCUUUUCCCAAGUGUGGUGCAGCAACCAGCAGCCCCUGCACUGUGCCUUCUCUCUGGAGAGAUACAGCCCCACCACCACCCAGUUCUCCUGCAAGAUUAGCGUGAAGCAGGUCAAAGGUCACGAGCAGAUUCUGCAGGUCUAUACAUCUGUGGCAGAGAGCAAGAAGGAGUCAGUCCUGUUUUUUAUGCAGACAGACUGCACCGUCACCUCACAGACGGGACCCAAGGCCUUCAAAAUCCCCCUUUCCAUCCACCAGAGGAUCUGUGCCACCUUUGACACUGCCAACACUAAGGGAAAGGACUGGCAGAUCUUAGCCCAGAAACUCCAUCUAGAUAGGAACCUGUUGUAUUUUGCUAAGCAACAGAGCCCCUCUGCCGUCAUACUGAGCCUGUGGGAGGCACGACACCAAGACACUGGUGACCUUGACUCUCUGGCAAGUGCACUGGAGGAAAUUGGCAAGAUCCAGUCCAAAAGCACUGUAGCAAAGAGCCAUGAGGAACCUGAAUCAGACUCGGUACAUCAUUUUGGAACAGGAAGCCCAGACAACCCAGUGUGUGGAAUGGGUGAACUCACCAAUCAUGAGACGGCUAACUCAGUCCCUGAGUAUACUAGCUGACUUGUCUCCUCCUACAUAGAUCCCAACAAGCCCAGUGUAAUGCAUAUCCCUAUAUGCACAUAACGACUGACAGCUGACUCGGUCGUGGAUUAAAAGGUCCAUAGGAUGUCAGUGUGCGAAUGGAGUUUGUUGUUCACAGAGCAAAAAACAUGACAGGCAAAAAUUACCACUGAGAAAAAAAAGAAAUCUGUCAUUGCUGUGUGUACUGUAACUUUAUCCAUCCCUUUCUGAUGAUGUACUGUACAUCUGUUUUUGUCUUUCGCCAUUCUAUUCCCUCCCUUUUCCUCCUAGUUAAUGCUAUUCUUAAGUCAGGCUGACCAUUUGAGUUUGUUUUCUUAUUCUGUUGUUCAGGAUAUAGGGGACCCUCUACACUGUUAGGACCCACCAAUGCUCUUCAAAAAGUGAAAAUGCUUGUCACCGUCCCCAGGGUUUGAUACUGCCCUCAUGUGCAUCUGCAUUUACAGUGAGUGCGUCCCAAAUCUAGUAUACCCAUCUAGUGCAUUACGUUUGACCAGAGCCGUAUAGAACCUAGUGAAAAGUAGUGCACUAAAUGGAGAAUAGGGUUCUUCCAUUUGGGAAGUAUCCCAUAUCACACCUAUACCAUAAGACAGCUGUAUGGUAUUCAUUUCUAUUUGAAUACUUGGUCAUCAAUUCGAAAUAAUGUCUCAAAUGGGAGAAACCCCUCUGAAACAGGUAUAAACAGUACAGAGUUUAAUAAAAAGCAUUUUAUUGUAAUGUUCAGAUAUUUUUGUUCUGUAUCAGCGUAACAUUGUAAAAGAGAUCCUGGCGGUACAGUGGUGGGUUGUGAGGACAAUGUACUGUUAACAUGAUUCAGGCUGGAUCCUUUAUCUUUAAAGGAAAACCCCUGACAAUGAUGGAAAUGUCUUUGUCAGGCCACAGUACUGCAGUGUGUGUUUGUGUGCAUGCAUGCGUGUGACAGUUGUGGUUUGGCCACCCUGGAGGAGAAAGAGAAAGCUGGAGGAGCUGUAUGAUGUCAUUUCCUGGCACUAUGCCAUGUGUAUCUCUGCAUCUUAUCACCCACUUUCAACCAUUAUUAACAACUGUCAAAGAGCUGCUGAUCUACCUAACACACACAAGGCCCCCAACAGAGGCAUAGCACUUCACAACUACACAGGACAUGAAUGUGGAUUAGGGUUUGGGUCAAUUCCAAUUUAAUUUGAAAAAGACCAUUAAAUUCUUGAAUUCACUCAUGAAGUGGAGAAUUUACAUUGAAUUAAAUUUGAAUUUAAAAAAAUCUUAAAGUUACAGAAUUGAAUUUGAAUUAGACUGAUUUGGAAUUGUAACAAUUUAAUUGAAUUGAAUUGGAAUUCAACAUUUUUACAUUUCCCAGUUAAUGAAAUUAAUGCACAUAGUAUAAAAAUGGACUGUAGGAUUUGUUUUUAAUUAUUUCAAUCUGUAUUCCUAUAUUGCCAGUAUAGUUAGGCUGUCGGAACAUUGGUGAUCAGCCUGAAUGAAUUUAAUUUGAAUUUGUGGAAAUGUUGUGGAUAGUAUUGAAUUAGGAAUAUAAUUAUUGGAAUUGACCUAACAUUGGAAUUCAGAGAAAAUUUCUCAAUUCAAAGACUGACAUGGAAUUUGAAUUCAAUUAAAUGGAAUUGACAGGAAAAGAGAAUUGAAUGACAAUUUAAUUUGAAGAAUUGACCCCAACCCUGAUGUGGAUAGAAUGUGUAAUAGUAUGGGAAGCCUUUCUGGUACAAUAAGCAGGCCUGUUUAACAUAUUGUUGUACUGUAUAAGUAAGGAGGGACCAUAGGGCUCUAUAGUAAAUAUGGUGCCAUUUGGGACAUAUCUUAAAUGCCAUAGGAAUACAGUGGCAUUACUGGUUUGAAUAAUAGGCACUGUAUUGAACACGUUUCAAAUAGAUGUCCAACUAAAAAAAUCACACUACAAAAUAUAACAGGAUGGUGUUUCUGUACUUUAUUGUAUUCCAUGUACUCUAUAAUUCACAGGAUGGAUUUGUUUAUUCCAUGUAAAUCAAAGGAUGGUAUUGUUUAUUCCAUGUAAAUCAAAGGAUGGUAUUGUUUAUUCCAUGUAAAUCAAAGGAUGGUAUUGUUUAUUCCGUGUAAAUCAAAGGAUUUUGUUGUUUAUUCCAUGUAAAUCAAAGGAUGGUAUUGUUUAUUCCAUGUAAAUCAAAGGAUGGUAUUGUUUAUUCCAUGUAAAUCAAAGGAUGGUAUUGUUUAUUCCAUGUAAAUCAAAGGAUGGUAUUGUUUAUUCCAUGUAAAUCAAAGGAUGGUAUUGUUUAUUCCGUGUAAAUCAAAGGAUGUUGUUGUUUAUUCCAUGUAAAUCAAAGGAUGGUAUUGUUUAUUCCAUGUAAAUCAAAGGAUGGUAUUGUUUAUU